UGAUAAGUGGCGACAGUAAACAACAUAGACGAAAAUUAUGGCUACACUAAUUGAAAACUGAUUUAUUAUCCUGAUACUGUUUUAGUGCACCAUAUCGACAUUGAUAGUUUGUUAAAUUGGGACAGAAAACAUUCUAGAAUUACUGUACAUUGCGUUUUUAACAUCCCGAGGGCGAAAGGCAAACACCUGUCCAUUGACAAUUGAAAUUAUCAGUGUUCAUUGUUCAAUGUGAUUGUGAGUGGAUGAAUUAUAUAGGAAAACUGUAGACUACGGGAUAACAGUAUUGCUGUCAGAAAACGCUGUUUUAUCAUGGUUCUCUUUAUCAAUGUGAACGUAGGUCAACGUGUAGAGGUUCUGUAUAAAGGAGAUGUCCACCUUGGUACGGUGAGAUACAAAGGGGGUGUGGUCAAUAGACGAGGAGACUGGGUCGGUGUGGAUCUUGACAAGAAAGCCGGCAAACACAAUGGCACUGUGCGUGGCAGUCGUUACUUCCAGUGCAGGGAGGGUCAUGGGAUAUUCACUCAAGCUCAACAUAUUCGAUUCAUUCCAAUGAAAAGAUGCAUGUUUAAUCGUUACCAUACUGUUGAACCAGAGGAGGAAUUUGCCGAAGAAGACUUGUUCAAUACAUCACCAAGACCAGAUGUUCGAGAUAGCCCCUAUGACCCAAUCCGGAUUUCAAGAUCUUACAGUGAAGACGCAACAGAACUUUUCCCAGAGAGGCACGUCGAGAGCUAUACGGAGAGAAGACGAAGUCAUCAUUUAAGUCAUUCAGUCGGAAACACAAUGCCUGCUGCAACAAUGCGCCGUCCCUAUUCUGCAAUGGCACAAUUCACAUACACCAGUGCACCUAUACAUCAUUACACGCCUGGCAAAGAACCGUUUUGCUCCACACCAACUAUACCUAAAAUACACAUGCCUCACAGCGCCCUCAAGCGACAGGUGAGACGGGGUUGGACGGACAGUCAUUACGUGAGAGAAAUGUCCGUCAAUACUGGGAGGGAAGGAAUGAAAUUUUCCCAAUGGAAUGACACUUCUGCAUGAAUACUAUAUAUAGUAGUUAGACCGUUGUGUACUGUAUUCACCAUGUUAAACACAGGUCCUUAGCCAGCUUUUGGGGGUUAACUUUUCAUUAAAGAAUUCCAGAGGGGUCUACAUUUGACAUCUUUGGACCAAAAUCACUUGAAGAAAAGUGCUCAGAAUG